CGCAUGUGUGCGUGGUUAAUUCGAAAGAAACUUUUUUGCUUUUGGCCGCGGAACUGACAAAUGUCAAAUACCAAUAGACCGUCGUGGAAUUAAGACGCGCCAUACGCCAAUCGGACUUUGAAAAUGACGCAAAGUGCCAUUAAAUUAGCCCCACUCUGGGAGGCCUUGGUUCUUUUAAUAUUCCUUCUUAAUCAAGUGCAGUGCGAUGAGAAGGAGCCGAGGCAAGCGCGCAUAAUGCAGUUUCUAAGUGAGCCCCAGCCGCAUUUCAACCACAACCGACCUCCCGGUCCUGGAUUAGUGACCCGGAUAAGAUCGCGAUCGGAUAACCCACCCCAUCUUUCGGGUAACCUCAGCCCCAAUAAGUUUCUGAGAUCUCCGAAACCUGCGACAGUCCAACAUAUCAUGCGUCGCGAGCAAUUCGGCAACUUUCCGCAGAACGACCAGCUCAGGAGAUACCAAUUCGACCAGAAUCAGCCAGGGAGAUUUGCCCACGUGAAGGAUGCUCCAGUUCUGGACGUGGGGAAGAACCAGUUCCCGCCGCAAUAUUUCUCCGAGCAGUAUAUCCAAAACUUCAAAUCCUCUCCUCGAUUCAAUGGCAAUGUGAUAAUGAAGGACCAGAAGCCAGUGUAUGCACCCAUCCAACAACAUGCGAUUCCAGUCCAGGCCUCUCAGUAUCUGCAUUAUCCCAAGCUCUUUGGACAGCAGAGUCCCAGUUUCAGUGUGGUGCCCUCGCAGCAAACUGCCCUCCAGAACAAUCAGUACCCGCAGGAUCCGAAUAGUUACUCGGUGUACGAGGACUCAGAUAACCUGCCGAAACAGGGGAUCAGUCAGGGGGUCAGCUAUCGCCAGGCAGUGCCUCCAGCGAAAGAGUCGAAGGAGGCGCAGGACUACUUGCAGUUUAUGAGCACCAAUGAGUACUUCCUGCCCAAGAGAGAUCCCGACUACAAGAAGUUGGAUGUCGAGCGUGACCAGCUGAAAAAAGUUCACCAAUAUCCACAGCAAUACAAUCAGCAGAGCCAGCAGCAACUGCAACACCAGCCGCAGCAGCAACAUCAGCAACUGCAACACCAGCCACCGCAGCAACAUCAACCACUGAAGCAACAUCUUCCCUAUAAGAAUGCUGGCCUAGACAACUCAGUCUCCUCCAGUUACAAUGAACCCAUACAAGUCUCCGAUUUGUUCUACCAGCAAGAUCCCGCUCCAGCGAAUUCCGCAGUGGUUCGCGGCAGUUACCAGGCUGGUCAGGAUGUGUUUGUGGUGAAGUCCGAUGGCAACAAGGCGGUCAAGCAUGUGGUCUCCACUCCCAUGUCGGUGCAAACUUCUACUCAGACCCCGCCAAAGAGCCAGCUCCUCGGCAAGAGCCACAAGAGCUUCACACCGGAGCCCCUGCGAUUUGAGUUCACCGAACAAGAUGCCAUCAGGGGAUCUAUGAAAUACACCCAAUCCCCGCAGGCCAAUCAGUACUACUAUGAAACCGUGGCCCAAGCAGUUCGAGAACCCGUCAAGUCUUCUUCUCCGAUGCUGGAACAAAACAAGCCGAUCAAGGAAUAUGGUGACGAUCCAGAAGACAGUGCUGAUACAGAAACUGGAAAACAGCAAGAGGAUCAGAAGGCGCCAACUGGGACGAGCUCUGCAACUCCCGACAGUCCAAAGGACACUGAAAGUUACUGUGAGAAGGUGUGCGCUAACGUGUAUGAUGAGAAUGAUGAAAUAAUUUGCGGAUCCGAUGGAUACAUGUACACAGGAGAAACUCAACUGCAGUGUUAUUCGACCUGCCUUAACAUAAGUGUGACGAUUAAAAGUAAAGGAUCAUGCUCAUAAAGUCGAUUUUAAAUAAAAAAACUAUUUAUUCUAACUUAAGUUAAUCUAGCGGAUAUAAUAUUACAUUUGAAACCAUUUAAGUAUAGUUUCUUAUUAUGCACGAUUUCUGUCACUGGCAAUGGUAAAAUGUAGGGUUUUGUAGAAAGUGAUUUUGAUUUUAUGAUAAUGUAUUAAAAAUA